AGUAUGAACAUUUUUUCUAACAAUUGGAUAUCUAAGUAUCGAAGUUGUUAUACGAAACAUUUUUUAAAUAAUUUUAUAAAUUUUUUAUCUUAUCAAAAUUGGAGAUCUAAUUUUUUUUUUUAUCAUUAAUUAUUGACACACUGCAGAUAUCAUGAAUAUUUAAAGUGUCGUUCAGACACACACAGGUCUUUUUCUUCGUUUGGAAAAAGACAAACAGUAUUAUUUAAACAAUCAAGAUAAUUAAAUUUAGCAGAGUGACCUUGACACUCAAUUAAAAAUGGAAUUUUUGUUUCAAUUUAAUUAUAAUUUUAAUUGUAUCACAAAAUAUUGACUUGUAUCUUUAACAACCAAAAUAAAAGAUCAACCAAGUGUUUCAACAAUGAAAAAUUCUAAUUAAAAGUUUACUUAUAAUUUAAAAUAAAAAUCGAAAAAAAUGUAUGAAGCAAGAAGAAAAGUAUUAUGGUUUGCAAUAAUAUCAAGAUUAUCAAUAAUCUUUAUGCAAAUGAUAUUCAAUAGUCUUUGUCCUGAUCAUGAAUCAGAUGGUUUUAUAACACCAAAAGAUCCAACUAUAAAUUCUUCAUUUGCUGAUAACAUGAUAAAUUAUUCACUGAGUGGUCUAGCAAGAUGGGAUUCAAAUUACUUUCUUCAUAUUGCAAAAUACGGUUACACAUACGAAAAUACAUUGGCAUUUUUUCCACUGUAUCCAAUGUCAAUAAGAUUUUUAUCAAAAAUAAUACGUAAAUUAUUUUUUUUCAUAAAUGAAGACAGUGUAUUUUUAUUAUCUGGUGUGACAAUUAGCUUCAUAUGUUUUGUUAAAUCAUCAAUAAUACUUUAUGAUUUAACACGUUAUAUAUUUAAAGAUAAAAAUAUUGCAUAUAAAUCAGCAAUACUAUAUUGCAUAAGUCCAGCAAAUAUAUUUUUAACAUCUGUUUAUUCAGAAUCAAUGUUUGCAUAUUUUACAUUUUCGGGUAUGUUAGCAUCAAUGAAAAAUGAUCCAUUUGUUAGUUUACCAAUUGGUCUAUCAAGUAUCAUAAGAUCAAAUGGUUUAAUCAACAUUGGCUAUCCAAUAUACAUAUUCAUUCAAGAAUUUAUAUUCUUCAAAAUUCCAAAUAUCAUUUAUGAAAUUAAAAGCCAUUCAAUCAAAUCAUCAAUUCCUAGUAUUAUCAAUAUUAUUGGCUGUUUAUUAAAUAUACUAUGCACAAUAUUAUUAUCAUUUGCACCAUUUUGUUUAUUACAAACUUAUAAUUAUGUACAAUUUUGUACGGAAAAAACAAAUUCAACAAUAAUACCAAAACAUGUUAUUGAAUAUGGUAUUAAUAAUGAUUUAAUAUUAUCCGGUAGUAAAUUAUCACCAUGGUGUACAUCAACAAUACCAAUAGCAUAUACAUAUGUACAAAAAAAAUAUUGGAAUGUUGGGCUAUUUAAUUAUUAUGAAAUUAAACAAUUACCAAAUUUUUUUUUAGCAAUACCAAUAAUAUAUAUCAUGUUAAAAUGCACAUUUGAUUAUUGUUUAGAAAAUAAAAAAAAUUUAUUUAUGCUUAAAUUUUAUCAUCAUAAUAUCAAUAAUAUCAAUAGCAAUAAUCGUAGAAAUACAAGAUUUAAAAAAUACACAAAUGACAUGUUACCAUUUGUGAUACAUGGUUUAUUUUUAACAAUAUUUUGUAUAUUAUUUGUUCAUAUACAAGUUAGUACUAGGCUAUUAUCAUCAGCAUCACCAAUAUUAUAUUGGUACUGUGCAAUAUCAAUGUCAAAAAAAUUUACUGAUGAUUAUGAUGAACGACAAAAUAUACAUUCAAAAUGGAAAGUUUUUUUUAUGACACAAAAACGUUAUACUAAAUCAGAUAAAUUAAUAUUAAUUUAUUUUAUUGGCUAUACAAUAUUUGGUACAUUUAUGUUUUCAAAUUUUUUACCCUGGACUUGAUGGAUUUUUUUUUUUUUUUCUUCAAUAGUUUAUGUACAAAUAAAUGAUAAAUAAUAAAAAUUUUAUUGUUUAUAUUAAUGAUUAUUUUGUUGAAUGUAAUUUUUUGUGUUUUAAUAUUUCAAUUGGUGUUAAAUACAUAAUUUUUUUACAAUCAAUACAAUUAUAU